CAAGGCUCCAUGCUGUAGAACCUUCUGCGCAAGACUGCCACCAGACCGCCUGUCGAGAUCUCAGUCCAGGAUCCCGGGGCGGGUGGAUCAUGUUUCAGAUGUGCUCUUGCGCCGUGAGCACUGGUUCGUAGGUCUCGGUUUGCGAAAGGAAUAAGUACAACAUGCUCCGCCGCCCAACCACCACCAUCACAUCGAACAUCAUAUCGAAGACUUGCGAGCACUGCCCACCGGCUCGAGACAUCUCCCUCUCCCCUCUUUCUUUCUUGUCUUAGACAUUCUGGAGCUGGUUCUCCUCAUUAAUCGUUACUCGAUAAUUGUAUCUUCCUGUCCAAACAUUCAAUAGCUCUGGAGCUAUUCACAUCAUCAAAAUGUACAGCCGCCACUCAACGCCGCCUGCUACGCAGUACAACUACAUUCCCGGUAGUGUUGGAUCAGAUGUCACAUACUACUCGCAAGAGUCUUCACCCGCACCGAAUGUGGCUCCUACACCUCCACGAUCGCCUGUGCGCCAGCUUGGACCUACCCUUCUCCCCAAGGUCCGCACUCAAGAUCAGGUAGCCGAGCCUACCGCUGGGCCCAUCAGACAUCGCAGGACGACGUCUGCUGCCUCCAGCGUCAGCUAUGGCUACAGCCCUUACGCACGACCCGUCUCUCAGUCGUACCGUGAGUCAAGCCCAUACACCAACAAUAGCUUGAUUUCGCCUGUCUCCAACGGCUCUUGCGACUUCAACGGGCUGUCUAUGCUCAACUCCCCCAUCACAUUCACACCAUCUGAGGGCCGCCGAGCGUCGUCGUACGCUCCUCCUUCUCAUCACUCUCACUCCCGCUCAAGCUCUCUCAAUGCUCCACGUCACGUGAGGUCUACCUCUGUCCAGAGCAUUGAUGAGUCCACCAUCAGCCGCUAUGGCUUCCCCACCUACCGCAAUAUCCCCAACUACGUGACCGCCCCGACCGCGCCUCAGUCGACCUACAUCACAAGCCCCGUCGACUACUCUCAGGUACAGCAGCCUCCUAGCUUCACUGCCACGUCACUCGACUUCCCUCUUCUGGACUUCGAGCCUGCCCCUGCUGUCCAGUACCCCACCUACACCGGGCAGUCCAGCUUCGAUGCCUACCAGCCCGUUGCCACAUCAUCUCUGCUCGAGUACCUGAGCGGCCCCAACCCUUCCCCGGCUCUGGUCCGUCGCGUUACUGCCGCUCCCCGUGGUAUCCACAAUCACUUCUGGUGGGAUGUCCGCAACCUUCGCAGCUGGGAAGACUUCAACAUCGCUGCCAUCAAGGAGAUCCCCUCCAUUCUCCCCCUCCUUGAGGUCCCUGUCUCUCAGUCCUACCUUCCCCAGCCCAUCCGCCAGAACAUGCAGCCUGAGAACGAGAAUUCUCUCCACGACAUCUGCACCAACCACUACGCCAACAAGGUCAAUGCAGCUCUCAAGAUCGCCCAGGGCAACAGCCACAUGCAGAUGCGCGCCAUCAAGUCCGCUGCCGGUGCCCGCGAACAGCCACAGUUCGUCUCGAGCUACCCCUCCGACUUCGAGAAGACCCUCUUCGGCGAUGCUCGCGGUCGUGUCGUCGGUCUUGUCAAGUGCUACGACAACUGGAACACGGGCAUGCGCAGCGAGUCCGCACCCAAGCAGGUCCUCUACCUCCAGGGCCUCGCUCACCUCCAGCGCGUCAUGCGCGAGCACGGCUGCCGCUACGGCUUCAUCAUGACCGAGAUCGAGCUCCUGUGCGUCCGCGCAGGCGGCGACUCGUCGACCCCAGACCCCACCACCUUCAACGCCGCAUCCGGCAUGCCUAUCUUUGGGUACCUGGAGCUCUCGGCUCCUAUCUCGCUGUCUGCGUCUGGCAUGUCUGCUGCCGGCGAUGUGCAGCUCACUGCCUCCCUCGCGCUGUGGUACCUCCACAUGCUGGCCAAGGAGAACCCGUUCGAGGGCAUGGGCACCUGGCGCAUGGAGGUCGGCGGCCCUGCGGCGCUGACAAGGCAAAACCACCUCGAGAAGGAUGCGUGGAUUCCCAAGCCACAGCUUGGUGAGAAGCGCGAGGCGAAGCGUGUGCGCGGGUGGGUAUUCCCAGACGAGCCGCUGAGCAAGCGCGAGUGCGGGAAAGGCCGUCGAGGCAAGUCUGUUGGUUAGGACACGAUGAGAUCUGAGUGGAUAUGACUGAUGCUUCAUGGUUUGAUGAUCUUACGAUUGAAAAAGGAAGAUGAGUUACGAUAAUAUACCCGGCUGCCGGCCAGCUGAAAUGCAUUAACGGCGUGGAUCAUUUACAACGCAUUGCAUAGGAGUUUUGUUUAGCAUUUACAGGGCGCGCACUAUAUGCUGGCUAGACCGGCUUUUACAUAGUUCAGACAAAUAGUUAGUAAUGCACAUAUCGCAU